AUGUCUCUCGAGACCGUCACCCUCGAGCACGUCCCCGACUCCCACACCGUCCUCGUCGCCCUCUUCCGCCACGUCAAAAACGCCGCCUUUCUCCACCACCAGCUGCUCGCCCGCAACCCCGCCUUUGAGUACGCCUUUGUCGAUGCCUCGGUGAUAUUCUCUCGCCGUCAGCUGCUCUCGGCCGUCUUCAAAGGGACCUUGGCCGCCGUAAAUGGCUCCCUGAAAACCCCAAACGUGCACUCUGAGAUUGUCGCUUCCCUCAGCGCUUCAAGUAAUAUUGCCGACGCAUAUCGCCGCUUCGGCGUCUCCCCAACAACAAGAGAUCUCUUGGUUGUCAAGGUCACCUUUCCCACAGAAUCAAGCCCGGAGCCCCCUUCACCCGACAAAAUCUGGGACCAUCUGGAAGCGAUCAUCGAGGGCGAGGCCGUGGGCGUCGCGGAUGAAAACAUCAGCGCCGCCACGGAUCUGCCCAAGGUGCGCAAGUAUUACAAACUAAACGGGCUCGACUGGCUAGACGCCAUCAAGGACGAGCGCAAAAGGCGCUCAGAGGUCGAGAUGCUCAUUCUCGAUGCCAUGGCGCUGCGCGGAGUCUGA